AAUCAAAGGAAUCUGGGUCGGUGAGUGCAGAUCCGGGGAGGUGAGCGCUCACGUGACACACAGAAAAACAGGUGUAGUGCACGAGGAAAGUGUUGGAGCAUGGGGGCUUAGCUGAGAUGGCAAUGCGUACAGUGCCGAUUUUCACCGAUUGUUAUUGUUUUUAGUGUUUUGUUUUUUAAAAAAUAAUACAGCUUAGGUGUCACGGGACGUGAACGCGGGUCGGUCAUGAAACUGUAGCUUAAUGUGUUUUUAAUGGGAUUUACAUUUUUUUGGUAGAAACUAUUACUUUAAAAACGUUAAAAUACAACAUUGUAUCCGCAUAAUGUGUCAAAAGGCUAUAUUUUAUAGUCGCAUGAAUGCGUUCCGUCGUCGGUUGCAUUAUUGAUGACGCGUGUGCAAACUGGAAUUACAAGUUUUGCGCUCUUGUUUAAUCGUUACUGCCAAGAGAAACGACUGGGCUGGGUUGCGUUUUGCGCAAUAAAGACAAGAAGUAAACCAGAAACUAAUCGAACUAUCGGACAGCUGAAGCACAAGUUCGACUGUCCAGUAACGGACGACCUGUCCUGACUUCGCGCGAUCGGCGGCGUCAAGCUCGCCUGCUGGAUAUAUUAUUCCUCGAAGCGAAGUUGAGAUCGCACUGAACAGGACCGAGCUUGGAAAACCUAUACAGUAGCACCGAGUACACCUGAGCUGCGCUAAGCUGUGACGAGUUGUGCCGGACUGGAGCUUGCGGGCCGGCGAGGCAUGGCGAGUCGUAUAUGGGGAACGGGGCUCUUGCUUCUAACUAUCCGGUGUUUCGUGCUGAGUGUGAGGGGGGAGUUUUUGGAACCCCCUCCCUCCUUCUCCCUGCGCUCCAUCGCUGAGGAGCAGACCCGGCUGCCCUGUCGCUUCCGGGUCCAGGAUGAGCAGGUGGUGCAGGUGACCUGGUUCAGGGAGCGGCCCGACGGAACCAAGGAGCAGCUCAUCACCGCCCAUCAUGUACAGGGCCAGCCAGGGUUUGGGAAGUUUGCUGACCACCUGCAUUUCGAGAGCAGCGACCCCAUGGCGGACUCCACGCUGAUCAUCCGGAGCACGGAGGUGUCAGACGAGGGGAUUUACACGUGCCACAUCUCCACCUUCCCCUCCGGAAACUUCGAGAGACAGCUGUCACUCACCGUCUGGACCACACCCAUCUCCUCGCUGGAUCCGGUGGAGAUGGUGGAGGGGGAGUCCUUCCGCGUGGCCGCCACCUGCCGCUCGGUGGCUCGCCCCCCGCCCCGCCUCUCCUGGGACACCGAGCUGCCCGGCCAAUCGCAGAACCGCAGCUCCGAGAGCGGGGCCGUCACCACCCACUUCUCCCUGCACCCCUUGCGCAGCAUGAACGGCCGGUCGCUGGACUGCCUGGUGUGGCACCCCGCCCUGGACAAGCCCCGCAGGAUCACCAACCGCCUGGUGGUGCUCUAUCCCCCGAACCCCACAGUCAGAGGGAAUGAUGGUACCUGGGUGGUGGGGCUGCAGGGAGCCUCACUCCGGUGUGACAGCGGAGGGAACCCCCAACCACACAGCUUCACCUGGUCCAGGAGGGACGCGGCCUUGCCUGAAGACGUGAUCGUGGAGGGCGGGACUCUGCGGUUCGGCCGACCCCUCGCCCCGACUGACGGGGGCGUGUACGAGUGCGAGGCCAGGAACAGCGUGGGCGCAGUGAAGGCCGAUACCGAAAUCCUGUUAGAGAGCGGACAACGGCAGGAGGCCCCUGUCAAUAACCUGUGGCCCCUAUUGGGCGGGGCUGCCGGGGCAUUGGUGGUUGUCCUGGUGAUCUCCAUGGCGAUAUUGACCUGCUACCACAAGCGCAAGAACAGAAAGCUGGAGAAGGAGCUUAAUGAGAAGAUGGAGGAAUUCAGCACUCUGUCCAGACAAGCCUCUAUCAGGAGAUUCGACUCAAUCAACACUGACCCUCGAAUACCGAUUGAUGAAAAUAUUCCUCUCCCGCCUGAAAGCCAUACAAGGACCAGUAUGUCCUCUCUCUCGGGCCCCUCCGGUAAGAGGGACAGUCACUCCACCCUCUCCAUGGGGAGGGCAGAACGGCCCCCUCUGUACAGCUCCAUGCGCCGCGCCGAGAGGGACGCCUUCACACAGAACGCCUUCACACAGAACGCCCCGAACGCAAUGGACAUUGGGCCCUCUGCCAGCCAGAACCCCUCCCCCUUGCCCAUGGGCCCCGGCUCAGUGUCCGUGAGCCCUGCGCCCCCCCCUCUCAAGAUGGCGUACAGUAGCGCGUGGGGCGGGUCGCCCACCCCGCCCGAGGACGAGGAAGAGGAGGAGGAGGAAGAGCAGACCAGCAGCCUGCAUAUUUCUGAGGCAGUGUCACACUACUUCCACUACAGCAACGGAGUCCUGCACCCCAAACGCCAGCCUCACGCCAUCCUGCUCCACCCGAGGGGCCAGAUAAUAUAGAGCACUACAACCCCCAUCCUCCUCCAGCCAAAACCAGCAGCCAAUCAGCAUCCUCCACCUCAAAACCAGCAGCCAAUCAGUAUCCUCUACCCACAAACCAGCAGCCAAUCAGCAUCCUCCGACCCCAAGCCCAACAGCCAGUAAUCAUCCUCCGCCCGCAAACCCAACAGAAUUGUGGGAAUUGUGUGCAACACACUCCACGUGACUGGCGUUCUUGGCAGAUCUGAACGAGCGAUGGAGCUCUUUGGCACAGGAAGGAGAGGGGGAGAGCUGGCUUCUUUUGAAAACACAACUGUUAGCGACAUUUCACUUAGUGUAGCCUUAAUUUUUAAAAAAAGAAGCCCAGAUUCAUGUAUAAUGCGGGCAGUUCACACAGCGAAAUGAGAGUCGGCGAUGUGUCACUUUCACAUUUAAAAGAAAAAGUAAUGAAUACAAAGUAUAGUGUGUUGCUUACAGAAAUAAACAACUAACGUAGGCUCACUGCAUUCUGAACAAAACGUGCAGGCAGACAUUGACGUCCCUCCGAUGGCAGUUUUUCUCCUGAUGACCGGGGUUUAUGACUGUGGUUGUUCAUUGGCUCUCAGAGGCACUGAAACACUUUGAUUGACGUGAACUGGACCAAUAAUCACUGAGACGAGGACAAGGCAACUCCACGACUUCUCCUGCGUUCGGAAUACCUUGCUAUUAACUGACGGUGUUACAGACAUGUCAACCUUCACGUUCGGAAUACCAUGAGUCCGUGUUAAAUACAACA